AUUAGCAAUAAUUUUUUUUAUUUCCGCCAUAUUCUUAUUUUGAUUUAUUAGAUUAAAAUUUAAUUGUUUUAAAGAUAUAUAUAUAUAUAUAUUUAUUUAUAUAUGUAUAUAUUCUAGUAAAUAGAGCAGAACUUAGUAUUUAUAAAAGUCUGUCUUUUAAAAAAUUUUAAUUACUUUAUUUAUAUUCAAAAGAACUUUUUUUUGAAUAAGUUGAAUAAAUUCACCUUCUAUUAUGAAUGAUUUCACAAAAGAACUGUUACUCGGCGCGGGAACUUUUGGAAAAGCUUGGUUAUGUACAAGGAAUUCUACUGGUCGCAAAUAUGUUUUAAAGCAGGUGGAUUGUAGUAGGUUGUGUGAAAAAAAACGUGAACAAGCAAUAACAGAAGUUAAAGCUAUGGCAAUUUGUAAAAAUAUCAACAUCGUGAGAUAUAAGCAAGCUUUCGUUGACAACUGCAACUUAUGCAUAAUUAUGGAAUACUGUACAGAAGGAGAUUUACAGCAGAAAAUUGAUAAUCAAAGAGGAAUUUUCUUUGAUAUCAACGAUAUAUUCCAUUGGUUUAUUCAAAUCACUUUGGCUAUUAAGUAUAUCCAUGAUAAGAAUAUUCUUCAUAGAGAUUUGAAAACACAUAAUAUAUUCCUUACUUCACAUAACGUUAUUAAAGUAGGAGAUUUUGGUAUAGCUAAAAUGCUUGAAAGUGAUCAAGAUUACGCCAUAACUGCUAUUGGUACACCAUACUUCCUUAGUCCAGAAAUUUGUCAAAAGCUACCGUAUAGAAAAUCCAGCGAUAUAUGGUCUUUAGGUUGCGUUCUCUUUAACAUUUGCUGUUUGAAACCUCCGUUUGAAGGUAAUAAUCUAUCGGGCCUUGUUAUGGCUAUAUUAAAAGGAGAAUAUGAACCAAUAUCCCCUUACUUUGGCCCUAUUUUGGAGGAUUUAAUAGCCGUUCUCCUGAACCAGGAUGCUGAAUUGAGACCGACAGCCUCGCAGAUUCUUUCCGUUUCAAAUUUGAGGCCAUAUUUGAAUUCAACGAUAAAGAAACUUAAUCUAUAUUGCUCAUCAAAUGUACCGGCAAGCCCUUUUUCACCGAUAGUGAAAAAUUCGCCUAGACUAAGCCAAAAAUCUGCUAAAUCUGUACCAUCUGCUAGAAUUAGACCAUAUGUUAAUGGUGAUUUAGAUUUCAAGGUGGACAAUGAAUCAUUUAUAAAAAAGCGUCGACUUUUAAGUGAAGAUAAAUUAAAAGAAUCGCCAGAAGUUGAUAGAAAGAACUUAAAACGCUUUAAGAAUUUUGACACGUUUCUUAUACCAAAGGAAAAGCUAGAAGAGGAGGCCCUCAAUUUAAUGAUAUCAACCGUUACUGUGAAUGAACAAACGGCUUUUACCAAUAAGAAGAUAAUUACAGAUUAUUUAACUCGACGACUUGGUAUUGACAUAUUAUAUCAAACAAAAGACGAUUUAAGAAAGCGAAUCGUUAAUGUCCAAAUGACAGCUGAUCGACUAAGCGAAGUUAAAUCUUCUAUUAAGAACACGAAACUAAACGACAAACUAUUAUGUCUAUUUUUAAGACUAUUGCAAAUUGAAUAUGUUUUUAAGGUUUAGAUCAAUGUAUCCAAGGAGAAAAAAAAGAGAAAGAGAUAUUUUUAAUCUAGUCAAAAAAAAUAAAAAAAAUUCAAUAAGUCUUUAUAUUCACAAAAAAAGGAGAGCAAGUCGAUUGGAACAUUAAGGAUAGACAAAACUACAUUUUUAUCAUUUUCUUUGAUGAAUGCAUAGACAAAAUAAUUUCAACAUUUUACAUAUUCAUAAGUGCACAAACAGAUAUCCUUUUAUCCUUAGCCGUGUCUGUAAGCUAUACCCUUCUAUUACAUUAUAAAACAAGCCUCAAUUGUUAAGAUAAUAUUACAGAAUUAGAGAUAGCAGGAGCGAGGGGAGAAAGGGCGGGACGAGGAGAUGUAAAAGCGAGCAAAGUGGUUAAAGUAGGCUCUUCGAAAAAUUUAUCCAUUUUGUAUCAAAAUAAAGGAUCAUAAAAUAAUUCUGUACCUAAUAUAAAUAAUAAAUAAAGAGAUAAGAAAGAGCAAAUUUCAAUCUUGGGAGAAAAAAUAACAGACAAAGAGAUAGGGAACCUCGUUAAUUACAAUUUUGACACAAGAUCGUAUUGCAUUACUUGUUUUCAACAAGCUUUUUUUUUCAUUCAGUAGGCCCAGCCUCUUUCGAUCACGAAUAGCUUUUUAGUAUUAACGGAAUGUUUGUCGGUACUGUGCAGGCCGAAAGGUCCAUAAACACAUAAUUGUACCAAUUCUGUUAAUUGCACGUCUAAUAAAGACAGAAAAGCCUAAACGUUAGCACUACUCUCCAGCUUUUGUAUUAACUAAAUAGAAUAUCAACCGAACUCAUUGAGAAACCGUUGAGGAAUAUGGCGAACAAAUGUUGUCGAAGAUGUGGAAUAUGCUUAAGCUAUAUUCCCGUUCUGCCAUUCAUAUUAUGGAUGUUUGGAUUCGUUUGCCUAAUCUGUUGGGUAACUGUAUAUCACAUUGGCCUGAGUGAUUAUGAAAAAUUCGUUCAAAAUAUGUCAUCCUAUUUGAAUAUCUAUUCUGAGAAUUAUACAUCUGAGCAAUUUGGGUAUGUUAAAUUGACAGUUUAUUGUCUACUCUUCUUUUCCGCUGUAUGGAUCACAUUUUACCUAAUUAUGGCAGGAUUUGCAAAGAAUAAUGUAGUUCAGAAUGCAUUUGGAACGAAAAAUAAAAACGUUUGUGGCCGUGUUGCUAAUAUAUGGUUGGGAACUUUUACAUUCAUUCUCCUAUUGAUGUGGUUAUGUACAUUAUUCUUUAAUGGUGUGGUCUAUUUAUUGAUAAUCGCUGGAGAACCAUUGAUCAGAAACGGAACACUAGGACAAGGCGGAACUAAAUUCUUAAAUUCGCCUCAAGGGAUAGAGCUAAUGAAAACAGCCGAUAAUUUAGAGGUUAUUCAUGCUAUAGCUUUAGCAUCCGUUGGUGGUUUCUUUUUUACAAUGAUAUUCACUUUGAUGGGGGUUGCCGCCCAAUACGUUCAAAUCAAAACAGCAAUAAAUUCCGGAUACUCUUUUCCAAACGAAGAAGAGAGAACGAAAUUGUAAAUUUAUAGACAAAAGAACGCAUAAUUAAUACAACAAAAGCAAUUAUAAAUAUAUUAGUAUAUAUGUAUAAUUACUGAAAAUUUUUUUUAGAAUUGCUGUGUUUUGCUAUUGAAAAAAAAAAUUCUUUCAUAUUAAUUUUUUUUCUUUAAAAAAACAAAAUUAAACUAAUUAAUAAGCUUUUUUUUAUGUAAUUAUUUAUUUCUUUCAAUACGCUUAAAACUGUCAAGAUAUCGUAUUUUUCUCUUCCUUUUUGAAACCUCGACUAUUUUUUUUGUGUUACUUAAAAAAAGAAAAAUACUUAGCAUUUUAACAAUGAUCACAUCUAUAUUUGAAGACCUUAUCCUUGAAAAGAGAUACGUGUAUACGUGUGUAUGUAUAAAGGAAAGGUGCUAUGUAUGUUUAUUUUGGAAAACCUUAUUUAUUUUUUAUAUUUAAUAAAUAUUUCCUAGAAAAAGAGAA